UCACUCGAGCUAUCAAUCGAUUGAUCGGUCGUGGGAAGAUCAAUAGAAAAAUCAAAAUUAAAAAAACUGACGUGUAAAAAAUUGCAAUUCUCCAGAAAAAAAAAAAAAAUAAUAAAAGCAAAAGUUAUUUAGUGGAGUUGCUCGUUGAUUCGUGAUAUUCCCAAUUUGCGGGAAUACUGUCGACGAAUGAGAUUGUGAAGACGCGUAUAUUAUGGCGAAUCAUCAUCCCGCGUACGAUUUCGAGGAUAAGAGCCAAAGAAUCCGCCAUCGGGUUGGCACCACGUCCAGAAUCGCAGAUUCUACUGUGGCAUGCACCAGUACUCAAUAUUUUGUGGGACCCAGUAAUGAUAUCAUUGAGGAAGAUUUGGCAGAAUUACCUUCAUGUGUUUAUGCAGGGAGGUCCACGCAGCAUGUCACGCACACGUCACCACAUACACAUUCUCCCUUGCACUACCAUAUGCCAGUUUCAACGCCAGAUCAUAAUGACACAGAGAUGAAUGGUGUAGAAGAAGGUUAUUAUCCAAAUGGUAGCCCUUACAGAAUUCAACGACACGCCGCUAAUAUUCGUGAAAGAAAACGUAUGCUCAGCAGCAUCAACUCGGCUUUCGACGAGCUCCGGGUCCACGUGCCGACGUUUCCCUAUGAGAAGAGACUGUCAAAGAUCGAUACCUUGCGCUUGGCUAUUGCGUAUAUUGCGUUGUUGCGCGAGGUCUUAGCGGCCAGGCUCGAUCCUUUGACGUAUGUCGAGAGGUGCCUUAGGGGUGAGAUAAAUGGCGAACGCGCCGAAUGGAACACAAGCGAUCUGACAGCACGCUUGUCUUGGAUAAAUUGGGAGAAUUUGGGAGUAAAUCCAAAUCGGCGAUCGGUGCUUACAACCCUUGCGCUGACAACUGAUAAUAUGAAUUGAAUAUCCUACAAAACUUUUUCGUAAAUCACACAGCAAUUCCUCUUUUCUUUGUAAAUACCUUCAUGUUAAGAUAGAGAGAAAGAGAGAAAGAAAAAGAAAAAGAAAAAGUUUAAAAACUUUUUCGCGAUCUCGUUUAAUUUCAUGUGCAAUACGAGCGAUGAGUAUUGUAUUCAGUAUCUACGUGUAAAAGAAUUAGUUAGUGCAAUUUAUAGUAUUUGCUUUGGA